CAGACCUUUGGGGGAAAUUGAAACAACAUUUUGAAACUUUAACCGUGAUACUAGUGACUUGAACGUAGGCUGGUUGAUGUUUUGAGAUAUAUUGAGUGCUGUUUGGUCUUUAAAAUGGGGGACCAAAUUGAAGUACAAAUCACACCAGAAACCCCUGGGAAGCAUUUAAUACGGAACCCAUUUGAGAGCCCGAAUGAUUACCACCACCUCCAGGAGCUCCUGGGGCCAAGCCCAUCUGUCUUCAAGCACUGUAAAGCUAAGGUUACGGGAGGAUUUGACUGGGCUAUUGAGGAAAUGGCCAAUCUUCUGCCUGUUGACAUAAACCCAGAGGACAUCCAAAGACAGGCCGUCUACUUAAGUCAGACAAUGAUAGAUUCUGAAGUUGAAGAAAAGCGGCAACAUGCUAUCGAACAGUUUUUCACCAAAGGAGCAAUCGUUCCAUCUCCUUGGGCAGCCCCUGUAUCUCAGAAAAACACUUUUAUUCGCAAUAAAACAAAUUGUAUUUCACCAAACAUCAUCGAGGAACCGGAAACGCUCAAUGUUGCCUGUCAGACUACCCUUUCCUUGCCUGUGGCUUUUGAUUUGGAGAAGAUUCUAGGAGACUACUACCUCAGCCAGGACGCCAGCGAGGGGGUGCAGGAGUGCCUCAGCUCCUCCUCCCUUAGGAGGAAGCUGUUUCUGGACGGUCAGGACAGCCACAGCGGCUCGGACCAUUCGGGCACGUCCAGCCCGGAGAGGAGUCCCGCGACGGGGCCCAUGUCCACGGGGGUCCGCGCGGGUUCGCUGGGGGCUCCCAAGGUGGCGUCCUCCUUCCUCUCCUCCCCUCUGGCCUGCGACAUCAUGGCAACCACACCGUCGUCCACAGGCCAGCUCUCAUCUAGUCCGGUCCCCAACGGUCGUUUCCGUGACCACAGCCUGGGCAGCAUUAGUCCCAUGUUCCCAGAUAGGUCCUCACCUUCUGGUUUAUUCACCCCCUCGGUCUCCCCCAUCGGCCCUCGCGUAUCGUGCACACCCAUAGGCUCCGGGGAGAGGAAACAGCUGAGCUUCCUGACUCCAGAUGGCGCCGCCGGCGUCCCGGUGGACAUGGACAUUUACUCCUGCUCGGGGAGCCCAUAUGGCGAGGGUUGCUCUCCCAUCCGGAACUGCUCCCCGCGCAAGCUCCCCUUCCAUAACCAGUCCCACCCCAGCAGCGGCAGCAGGGCCAGGGCCAGAGCCCGGUGCUGGGCGUCCCCGCCCCUCUCCCCUAUCCUCAACCCCAAGCUGCGCAACGACCCGUUGGCCUCGCCGCCCCUCGUCCCCAUGGAGUUCGACCCGCCGUCCCCCGCGGCCCGGGACAGCCCGCUCUGCACCGGCGUGGCGCAUUCUCAGAGAGGCGCCGGAGAGGAGGAGGAGGUGGAGGAGGAGGAGGAGGAGGAGGAGGAGGCGGCAGGGCAAGAGACUCCCAUUGAGGGGAGGUUAGAGGACAUUAUGGAGAGGGAGGAGGCCGGGGAGCCCUCGGAGCAGCUGACCAGCUCGCGUAUGGGCAACGUGUCGACCACGGAGAGCUCCCACAUGUUCAUGUCUCUGUUGGCGGAGGGGAGCAGCAUACGCUACGACUCCAGCAUGCAGGUGGACAGCGGCUACAAUACUACCUCAGUGGGCACGGCCAGUCUUAUCGAUGGCCUCAGCUCCAUGAGUAACGGCAAGGAAUCCUUCAGUUCAAACCUCCCGGACGAGGCCUUUCCGUUUCCAAGGCAGUCUAAAUCAAAGAACUUUAACACUCACCACUGAGCCUGCUGUAUCCUGGGAACAAGCAGCCACUGAAGCCGACGAUGCAAUCAAAUAUGUGUUUAUGUUUUUUGAAGCAGCUUGUCCGCUUCAUGCUUACAGAGCCAAACCAUACUUGGGUAUAUUUUGUUCCCUGCAACAACCUUCAACUCUUUGACAUCAUCUUUAAAAGGAGUACCGGUACUUAUAAAUGUUUAAGUUGUUACUCCCGGUUGCAAUGGGAAUGUUUUACCCCAAAGUUAUAUUUGCACCAAUUCUAUGAGAAUGAAAACAAUCUUUCGGGGAGGGGGCUUUAAUGAUUGUAUGAAUUAGAAAAGUGAUUUUACAUGUGAAAUGUCAUUUCUGUACUGCUACUUGCACAACAAUGACCUCUUUUUUUUUAAUGCAUAUUUUAUACAAUGUUUUGUGGUGAUAUUAAUAGGAAAUUGAAACUUAAGAUUGACAUCAGGUAAUUAGACAUCUUUUAACUUGGUGUUUAUCAUGGACUUGUUAAAAUGUUAAUUGUUUUUACUCUAUUACAAGUUUUAUUGUGCACCAUAUAGGUUUGAUGCCACUGGUUCGUAAUACAACCAAUAGUUGAGCUACGACCGUAUUUCUGUAAUAUAUUUACUAAACCCAGAAUAAUUCAUAUAAGGGAAAAACAUUAACAAAAAGACUUGACUCCACUUGGUAAACAAGUAUAAAUGUCUUUAUUUCUUAGCAAACAAUUGUUAUGGUUGAUUUGUGACAAAUCGGAGGACUCCUUUUAACCCGAUUCAAUAAACAUGUGAGGACUUAAUCUGGAUACAGUUGCAUGUUCGUCCAGUAAAGUAGAAAAAAAACACAUGAAUGUAUUUAUUACUUUAGGUAGAUACUGUAGUGACCGAUAUCCAUUGUGCUGGCUGGGUAUAAGCUAUAUUAUGGUUUGGCUUGUGAAACAACCAAAUGUUGAUGAAAAUAAAAGCAUCUUUAUUGAUAA